GCGUACACUCUGUGUAUGGCUCGGUAGUCUUUUUGUUAAUGGCAUAAAAGAAAAUUACCUAUUACUUACUCCUUUGCAUUUCGGCCUCUAUUGGAGAAAAGCCGAAAGUUCUUUAACUUUGAGUUCUUGCCAUGAAGCGCUUUUUCAAGCCGAUAGAAAAGGAUGGGUCUGCAAAGAAACCCGCGCUCUCUGCAAAACAAGAAGAUGCUGACAAUGGUGGGAACAAGAAGGAGCCUUUGAAGUUCGUUACAUGGAAUGCUAAUAGCUUGCUUCUUCGAGUCAAGAACAAUUGGCCUGAGUUCUCUAAAUUCGUCUCUGCACUUGAUCCUGAUGUCAUUGCCAUACAGGAAGUAAGGAUGCCUGCUGCUGGUUCAAAGGGCACACCUAAAAACCCUGGAGAGUUGAAAGAUGAUACAAGCUCAUCCCGUGAGGAAAAGCAGAUAUUAUUACGUGCUCUUUCCAGCCCACCAUUUGGAAGCUAUCGCAUUUGGUGGUCCCUUGCAGAUUCAAAGUAUGCAGGGACUGCAUUAUUAGUAAAGAAGUGUGUUCAACCAAUAAAGGUCUCUUUCUCUCUAGACAGAACAGCUUCAAAGCAUGAACCAGAUGGCCGGGUUAUUUUAGCUGAAUUUGAGACAUUCCGACUAUUGAAUACAUAUGCACCAAACAAUGGCUGGAAAGAGGAGGAGAACUCAUUUCAAAGGAGAAGAAAAUGGGACAAAAGAAUGCUAGAGUUUAUUGUACAAUUAUCAGAUAAGCCUCUUAUAUGGUGUGGCGAUCUGAAUGUUAGCCAUGAAGAGAUUGACGUGAGUCAUCCUGAAUUUUUCAGUGCAGCAAAGCAAAAUGGUUAUGUUCCUCCAAAUAAAGAGGAUUGUGGGCAGCCUGGCUUCACCUUGAAUGAAAGAAAGCGCUUUGGUUCCAUUUUGAGAGAGGGAAAGCUCAUUGAUGCAUAUAGAUUUUUACACAAGGAAAAGGACAUGGAGCAUGGCUUCUCAUGGUCUGGUCACCCAAUUGGGAAGUAUCGAGGGAAAAGGAUGCGAAUUGAUUAUUUCUUGGUUUCAGAGAAAUUUAAAGAUAGGAUUGUUUCAUGUGAGAUGCAUGGGCAAGGAAUUGAAUUACAAGGUUUCUACGGAAGCGAUCAUUGUCCAGUUUCUCUUGAGCUUUCUCCAGCUAGUUCUGAUUCCAAAGAGAGCUAAUUUUCAUAUUUAUCCAUUUUGUGAUGAUUCAGUUAUCUAAUUUCUAGACAUGUUAAAUGGAAUCUCUUUUCAGGGUGCUUAUUAUGUUGUUUAUAGCUGGAGGAAUCUGGAAUCAUGGAUUUUAGUUAAACUUGUGUGUUGUCUGAUAUACACUGAAAUUUGGUCCACUCCCGGAUGAUACGAUUCAGGAAAACUUUAGAAUUGAUCUGCAAGAAAGAAAAUAUGCAUUUGCUGAAAUUGACUGUUGCCUCUGCCCUCUGCUGUACAAAUUCUUUGGAUUACUCCACUAGAUUUAAAGAAACACUUUAUUCUA